GCCGAGUGCGCGAAAUAAUGGCGACGCGGACUGAAAUCGAAACCGAAAACGAUGACCUGAAAGAUUUCAUCAUGCGGAAGGCGCAGGCGGCGGCGGAUGACGAGGAACCCUCGGGUUCCUCGUACACGAGCCCCCAGUCGCCCCUGCCGAAGAUAACGCUUGGCGAUGCGCCUUACGUAAAGGCCAUCAAGUAUUGGAAGAAAAAAGUCUACAAGUCGAAAAUAGCGGAUCUCAGCGCAAGGGACGUCGAAAGGGCCAAUUUUGUCUUCUCGAUCUACGACUUCGACGGUAACGGCACCGUCGACGCCGUCAACCUGGGCGAUAUGCUCCGUGCCCUUAACCAGAAUCCCACCCUGGCCACAAUCGAGAAAUUGGGCGGCACCAAGAAGAAGAACGAGAAAAAACUUAAGGUGGAGGAAUUCCUGCCCAUCUUUAGCCAGGUGAAGAAGGACAAGGAGCAGGGCCAGUUCGACGACUUCCUCGAAGCGCUGAAGCUCUACGACAAGGAGGAAAACGGGAAAAUGAUGGCCGCGGAACUCGCGCACACCCUCCUGUCCCUCGGCGAAAGGCUGUCCGACGCGGAGACCGACGAGGUCCUGGCCGACUGCUUGGAGAAGGAGGACGACGACGGAUUCGUCCCUUACGAACCAUUCCUCAAGAAGAUGAUGGCGUAGAGCGGUAGCCGCGCCUUUAUUUUUAUUUUUAAUUUUGAUUUAAGGGACAUCGUCGACGGAGAGACGACGCGUCGCCAGAAGUUUCAGCACCUCCAUCCCCCGUCAAUCAUAAUUCGUGGAUAAUUAUUGUAACAAUAAACGGAAAAUCCAAAAAGAG